UUGCGGUGGUCGUUGACUCUGCUGUUGACAGCUCACAGGAAGUCCCGACCGGCUCCGCUUUGUUCUCCGGGAAAAAUUCACCUUCCCCUCUGUUUUUAACGGUAAAACAAAGAGUGAGGACACUUAGUGUCGGCGGUGGAUGACAGGAUGGAGGAAUAUCAUAACGGCAGCGAGGGCUCCUUCAACUCUGAAGAAGCUGAGACCAUCGUCAAAGAGUGUAUCGAGAACGUGGUGGGUGGCGACGACUACAGCCAGGCCCAGGUGAACAAAUGGACGGCGAGCGUGGUGGAGCGCUGCCUCACACAGCUGGUCAAACAGGGCAAACCCUACAAGUACAUCGUGACGUGUGCUGUGAUGCAGAAAACAGGAGCGGGCCUCCACACAGCUAACUCCUGCUACUGGGACACGGCCAUGGACGGAAGCUGCACGGUGAGAUGGGAGAACCGCACCAUGUACUGUGUGGUCAGUGUGUUUGCUGUGGCCAUUGCAUAAGACACACACACACACACACGCGCAUAUGUAUAUAAACAAGGAUGAGUACCAGCGGUGCAGUGUGUCCCUGUGGACAGCAGGGGGCCACAGAGUGCCACACAGAUGGAAGCUUGACCUUUGACCUCUGAGGAAACUCUUCAGCCUUCAGAUGCAUGACCUCAUGUGUUUCUCUUUAUCUGCCGUCACUGCAGUGCUUUCAUGUGUCACAGUGAGCUGUGUGUGUGUGUGUCGCUGACGCCUGGCAGCAUGCAGCAGCUGCGAACCUUCUUCUUCUUCUUCUGUGGUUAUCAUGUGCAUCAUGUCAACACCAGACAGACAGAGAGGAUUUUUGUACUCAGCUG